GGCCCACGCCCUAAGGAGUUAAACCUUUCUCAUGUUACCCAGCGGCUUAUAAGGAGGGGAGGCCAAGCCUACGCCUUAUUGGGAGCCUUUUGGGGUUUAUUCUCUGCCCUUCUAACUUGAUUAAGAAUGACCGAGAAGAAAUCACAGCUUUGUUCCAGAGCCAAUGUUUAUACUCAAGUGCCUGACGGAGGAUGGGGCUGGGCAGUAGCUGUGUCUUUUUUCUUUGUUGAAGUCUUUACCUAUGGUGUCAUCAAGUCAUUUGGUGUCUUCUUCACUGACUUAAUGGACAGUUUUGAGGAAUCUAAUAGCAGGAUCUCAUGGAUAAUAUCAAUAUGUGUGUUUACCUUAACCUUCACAGCGCCGCUCUCCACUGUCCUGAGCAAUCGUUUUGGACACCGCCUGGUGGUCAUGGCGGGAGGAGUGCUUGUUAGCACAGGCAUGGUGGUGGCCUCCUUUUCCCGCGAGGUUUACCACAUGUACAUCGCGAUUGGCAUCAUCUCCGGUUUGGGGUACUGCUUCAGUUUUCUCCCCACUGUCACCAUUCUAUCGCAGUAUUUUGACAAGAGACGCUCCGUGGUCACUGCAGUCGCUUCCACAGGAGAGUGUUUUGCUAUGUUUGCUUUUGCACCAGCAUUCACGGCUCUAAAGGAGAAUAUUGGCUGGAGAUACAGUCUCCUCCUCGUGGGUCUACUACAGUUAAACAUUGUCAUCUGCGGGGCACUGCUAAGGCCAAUUACAAUCAGAGGACCAGGGUCACCGAAAAUAACUGGACACGAAAAUCCAAAAGAAGUACAAUAUAUGCUUGAAAAUGAGAAAACACGCACCUCAAUAGAUUCCAUUGACUCAGGAGUAGAACUAACUACCUCACCUAAAAAUGUGCCUAGUCACGCUAACAUGGAACUGGAGCCAAAGGCCGAUGUUCAACAGCAGAUCCUGGAGAAGACCAGCUCCAAGCACAGUGAUAAUAAAGCCCCCUUAUUGGACUUCUCAAUCUUGAAAGAGAAAAGUUUCAUUUGUUACGCAUUAUUUGGUCUCUUUGCAACAUUGGGAUUCUUUGCACCUUCCUUAUACAUCAUUCCCUUGGGCAUUAGCCUGGACAUUGAAGAGGACCGCGCUGCUUUUCUGUUAUCUACAAUGGCUAUUGCUGAAGUUUUUGGAAGAAUUGGAGCUGGUUUGGUCCUAAACAGAGAGCCCAUUCGUAAGAUCUACAUUGAGCUCAUCUGCGUCGUCUUAUUGACUAUGUCUCUGUUUGCCUUUACUUUUGCUACUGAAUUCUGGGGUUUAAUGUCCUGCAGCAUAUUUUUUGGUGUUAUGAUUGGAACAGUAGCAGGUACCCACAUUCCACUGCUUGCUGAAGAUGAUGUUGUGGGAAUUGAGAAGAUGUCUUCUGCUGCUGGAGUCUAUGUCUUCCUUCAGAGCAUAGCAGCACUAGCUGGACCACCGCUUGCAGGCCUGUUGGUGGACCACAGCAAGAUAUACAGCAGAGCCUUCUACUCCUGUGCGGCUGGCAUGUCCUUGGCCGCUGUGUGCCUCGCGCUUGUAAGACCAUGUAAAAAGGGACUAUGCCAGCGUCAUCAUGCAGGUGAAGCAAAGGCAGAGAGUUAUCGUGGGAGAGCUUUACAAGACAUACCGGAAGACUUUCUUGAAAUGGACCUUGGGAAGAAUGAGCAUAAAGUUCCAGUGAAAAUGGAGCCCGUAUGACAGGCUUUCAUAUAUAUCAGCCACCCUGUUGGCUGGUUGGCGGGGGGCGGGGAACAGCGUCCUGGGGACACAGUGGUGUGGAGGAGCUAACCACUCUACCCACUUUCAAAACGACAUUUUAAAGGGAAUGUAUACAUGAACACCACUACCAACAUCCUUUUCUUUAUUUUUAAGUUUUUCUUUUUGCUUGUUCUUUAAGCCAAAACAAAAGCAACCAAACAUUCUUCCAUACGUGAAUCUGGCUAUAUUCCAUAGCAAUACAGAGAUAUAUAGAAGUACUGUGGUUCACAUUCCAAUUUUAAAAUAGUGACAUAAAUUGGCAAAGUGGUUUUAAGAGCUCUUACAUGUGAUAAAAACGGCUAUCUUGUAAAACAAUAUCUAGCCCAGGUCAUUGAAAUGAAAUUGGCCAUUCAAAAAAAAUCUUAAAUCAGUUUUAAAAUUUCUCAUUUUCAGAAAUAUGAACAAAUUGUUUAAAACCCUUUGAAAAAUACUGAGGUUUACAUUGAAAACUUACAGCUUCUUAAUAAUCCAAAUAUUCAAUGGAAAUGAAGUACACUUUAAGACCAAACAUUUGGCUAAUAAAUGGAAAUUUAUAUAUAUAUAUAAAUUUAUAUGUAUUAUAUAUAAAUUUAUAUGUAUUUUAUAUAUUAUAUAUAUAUAUAUAAACUUGAAACUCAUGAAUGUGAAGAUUCCCACUUCUUUUUUAUGGCCAGUCAUUACCAGAAGUAUUUCACACAGAAUAUACAAAAUAGCAUUCAAAAAUGCAUUUCCUGUUGCUUUUAAUUAUUCAGAAAUAUGUGAUUGUAGUGUCUUUAAUUUAAACCACUAUUUAUUAUUAAGUUAUUCUAGGAUGAUUAAAGUAAUCAAAAGAAGUAUAAUCUGGGACAUAAGCAGCAUUUUUACCUCCCUUCUGCAAUCCUUUAAAUGCCUCAAAGAAUACUACUCUUGUAAAGUUAGUCCAUAAAGGCCAAGUUGUUAUGGUUCUUCAAUUUGAUCAAAGGCAACACGUGCUAUUUAUAGGGAGAAAAUAAUGAAUAGCAAAUUGCCUUAGCAUUUUAAAAUAAUGUUUUAUCACCUAUGAAUACUUGAGGAUCUUCUUUGAUCAGAAUUAUAUUUCAUUGAAUUGUUGAAGCAUUUCUGAUUUAAAAAAAGAAAACAUCUAACUGCUGGAGCAUUUCUGUAUUUCACAUGGGGCAGCAGGGACAUUUAUUUUACCAUCAUGAGUUACAAGCUGCAAUUUACAUCUUAUAUAAACCUUGAUUGCUCUAAGUUGCCAGAGUUUCCAGGUUAACUGAUGGUUGUUUUUUUGGAGUUAUACUACACAUAUAAUAUUUCUCAUUUUAGCCAUUUUUUUUUUGUAGAGGGCAAAUGUGAGCAUAACAGGUGGGUUCCUUACUCCUACAUACUGAAUCUCACUACAGGUAAUGGCCAAUGCUUGCUGCUCCAUCCUUAUUCAUCUUUACUGUUAAUUUAUGACAACUCAGGGGGAAACAAUAUAACAAGCCUAGUUUGGUUACAGGUACACAAAGCUUGAAUAUUUCUCUGCACUGAAAUGAAAGUGGCAUAGUUCAUCACCACCUGCUAUAUUUUGUACAGCGUUUUAUCAGCCAUAGAAAUAGGACAAUCUGUAAACCUCUGGGGAGGGUGGGACAGGAAAUGACAAGGUGUCUAUCAAAAAAAGACACACCUAAAACAAGGUGGAU